UAUUAUUUCCAGGAACUAAAAAUUAUAAAACACUAGAAGUUAGUUUAACACUAUUAUGUCAAGAUCUUAUACAAUUAAAAAAUAAUGGAAUUAAUGAUACUUCUGGAAAGCACUGGAAUGUAGAAUUAUACUUUAGUGCUGAUUGGAAGUUUUUAGCAAUUUUUCUUGGUUUUAAUGUUGCUAAUUCAAAUUUUUUUUGUCCUUAG